AACAAAUUAGGGAUAAGGAAAGACAAUCUCUCUCUCUCUCUCUCUCUCUCUCUAAAGGCCGUCUCUCGUUUUUCUUCUAAAGUUUGAUUUCGUCUCUAAUUCGUUACCGUCCCAUUUUUUUCAAAAAAGAUACUCAAUCGAAUCCGAAGAUCCCUCUUUUCAGCUCUCUUCCCUUUCAUUAUCCUUUUCUCCUCCUCAACCUGAUCUGAAACUUUUGUCUGAAACAGAGUUUUCUCGAUUACGACGCUGGUCAAUUGGUAAAAAUUUUAGUUAGCAGAAGCGUAGCUCAAUCAAUUAGAUCACUUUGUGAUUACUCUGAUCAAUUCAGCGAUUAGGGCUACUUGAUUCGAUCUGAGUGGUGGUUAUAGAUUCUACCGAGCUAGGGAGGGAACACGAUUGAAGAUCUGGGUCAACUUGGGUUUUGUCUGGAUUAGCUAAUCGGGUCUGAUUAGAGGCGAAUUAGGGUGAGAUAGAUCGAAUAAAGAAGGCGGCUUUUUGAUUCGAAACUAUGGAUCGAGUGGUUGGUGGCAAGUAUAAGCUGGGACGUAAACUCGGAAGUGGAUCAUUCGGUGAAAUUUUUAUAGGUAAGAAUGUGCAAACUGGAGACGAAGUUGCCGUGAAGCUUGAGCCUGCGCGUGCUAGGCAUCCUCAACUUCAUUAUGAGUCAAAGCUCUAUAUGCUUCUUCAAGGAGGAACUGGUAUUCCUCAUUUGAAAUGGUACGGUGUCGAGGGUGAAUACAACUGCAUGGUGAUUGAUCUUCUGGGGCCUAGCCUGGAGGAUUUGUUUAAUUAUUGCAGUCGGAGGUUUAAUCUGAAGACAGUUCUAAUGCUCGCUGAUCAGAUGUUAAACCGAGUUGAGUAUAUGCAUGUCCGGGGAUUUCUUCAUCGUGAUAUUAAGCCAGAUAACUUUCUGAUGGGUCUUGGACGCAAAGCAAACCAGGUGUACAUCAUUGACUACGGGCUUGCGAAAAAGUACAGAGAUCUUCAAACUCAUAGGCACAUUCCCUACAGAGAAAACAAGAAUCUUACUGGAACAGCUAGAUAUGCAAGUGUCAACACUCAUCUUGGUAUUGAGCAAAGUAGGAGGGAUGAUUUGGAAUCCCUUGGCUAUGUUCUUAUGUAUUUUCUACGUGGAAGUCUGCCUUGGCAAGGCCUUCGUGCGGGUACAAAAAAGCAGAAGUAUGACAAGAUCAGCGAAAAGAAAAGGCUUACACCCGUAGAGGUUCUCUGUAAAUCGUUUCCACCUGAGUUCACAUCAUACUUUCUCUAUGUACGAUCAUUACGGUUUGAAGACAAACCAGAUUAUCCAUACCUAAAGAGGCUUUUCAGAGAUCUGUUCAUCCGAGAAGGUUAUCAGUUUGACUAUGUAUUCGAUUGGACAAUCUUGAAGUAUCCACAGUUCGGUUCAAGCUCUAGCUCCAGCUCCAAACCAAGAUCAAGCCUUAGACCAGCUCUGAAUCCCCCAGUGCCAUCUGCCGAGAGACCAGAAAAACCUUCAGCUGGACAAGACAGCCGUGAGAGGUUCUCGGGUGCUUUAGAGGCAUAUGCUAGAAGAAACGGCUCAGGAAGCGGUGCGGUUCAAGCUGAUAGAUCUAGACCAAGAACCUCAGAGAAUGCAUUAGCAUCAUCAAAGGACACAAUAACACCACAAAACUACGAGAGAGUUGUUGAAAGACCAAUUUCUUCGACAAGACACGCAAGUUCUUCAAGAAAAGCCGCCAUUGUCUCGAGCGUCGUUCGAGCUACUUCUUCAGCUGACUUCACAGAGAACCGCUCCAGCAGAGUUGUUCCAAACAAUGGGCGUUCCUCAACCGCUCAAAGGACUCAGCAUGUUCCUGACCCGACCACUAGACCAUCGUCUUCUUCAUUUUCUCGAGCUGUGCCAUCGAGGACUGCUCGUGACACCGCGCUCCAGAACUUUGAGCUACUCACCAUAGGGAAUGGGAAGAGGAAGUGAGAAGCUCUGACAUUUCUAUACCCUGGCCUACUUUAAGAUGAAUGAAUGAGUGGGUCAAACUGUGACAUUUCUCUUCGCCACUUUGUUUUUAUUGCGUGGUUUCCUAAUUCAAGGAAUAAAACGAACGUCAUUUGACUAAAAAAUGUAUGUGAUAAAUAUAUGGUUUUAGUUAUGAUAAUACUUAUAAUUUAUCAUUA